AUGUUCGCUUUACAUCAUCGAUCAUGGAUUGAUGGGCCAUAUCCCCACGGUGACUUCUUGACCGCGGCACAACCUGUUUUGAGUUCGCCUGUUGAUCAACUACCCACACAAGUUGAUAAUGAUUCAAAAUCUCGUAUAACACAGACGCUUAAUGCGGGAGGAAACUUGCGUACUGCUUUUGGAUCAAUCCAGAGUCGAAGCAAGAGGGAUGAAGGAGGCCCAGUCACAUGA